AAAAUACAAAGAAGAUUAUUCUGUUGAGUUUUCUGUGAUUGAAGCAUUGAAUGCUAACAAACUUUGUUUGAAAUUGUCUUAAAAGGAGAAAACAUUGCUUGUAUCAGUUGCAUGAUGCCCCUUGCCCAUAUUGUGAAUCCUGCCCUGAAACAGUAGUUCCAUCCCCUAUUUUUAUGCGCAUUUUGGGAGAUCGCAUUAAAAAAACACUGGAUGGAAAUGCCAAGGUGUGCAUAAAUUCUGAAAAUGCAACUAAGUACGAUAAAUUUCUUAUCCGGUAAGAAAACAUGCGCAUAAACUACGAUGGAAACACUUUUACCGAAUAAAUUCCUUAAUGCGCAUCCAAAAAGUCAUGUGACUUUGCGAUGGGACGACAUAAAACUGGACCAAUCAAUAGACCGAUCUCAUUUCUCGACAUCUGAAAUGCUAGUUUUUCUUCGUAAUAUUUAGCGGAAGUUAAUCAGGAAGUGAAGAUUUUGUUCUCUUCAACUCACUGAAUGAAAAAAAUGCUUUAUUCGCAAAUGUUUAAUGCGAUAUUCCAAUUUUGUUUAAUUCGUAACUUGGGUUGGAAACAAUUAUGACACUUUCUAUUUCUAAGGAAACAUAUACAGUCCUAAACAAUAGCAGAUUUUGAAUGAUUGACUGGAUAGCAAUGCCACAAGGCUGAACAGUUUGUAAAAUUGUACCAUUUACUUGUGAAACACUUACGUGUGAAAAAAGUGCCAACAUGAUUGCGAUUCUAAUGAAAACAACAAUGCCAAUGCAUAUUGUGACUUUGUAUGUGUGAUGAAAACGUCAAACAAAAGACAAAUUGUAACGAAAUACAGAGUUGCAAUAAAGAAUACAUUAAAUUCAUGCUUUAUUUACAGUAAAAGACAAUAUGCGUGCCCUUUUGCUCAUAUUCCGCACUUUCACAAAUCAGCUGUUAAAAUUAGACAUAGUAAUGUGUUUGUAUUUAUAAAAGGUUUGGUUUGUAAAAAAAAAAAAGAGACAUUUCCUUUAAAUAAAGCUGGAAAGAGAUGAGCAAAUGAGCAGGCAAUUAGGCAAAUGGACAGUCAAGGCCCUUGGGGGCCACAGAGAGAAGAGGCAUGAACACGAAAAGGGGAGGGAAAAUGUGGUCGACAUUUUUUUCUUUUUUUUUAAAUACACCAAGUAAAAUAAAAUCUCUCAUUCAGCAGACGAACAAUAGUGCGGAACACACUCAGCUCAAGAGUUUCUCUAGCUUACGCUUGUUAAUAUUACACAACACACACUUCUACUAUGGCUCACAGAGUCCUGCACUUCAUCUCUGACUUCUUCGUCUAUGAAACAGCCAAAUCGGUUGUGGUGAAGAGCUGGUCUGUUGGAAUCAUCAACCGCGUCGUCCAGCUGUUAAUUAUUCUGUAUUUUAUCUGCUGGGUGUUUAUUCAUGAAAAAGGACAUCAGAUGCGGGACACGGGAAUCGAGUCUGCGGUCAUGACCAAAGUGAAGGGCCUGGGCAAAUUUAACAACCGUGUGAUGGAUGUGGCAGACUAUAUAGUUCCCUCACAGGGUGGUUCCUCCUUCUCUAUCAUCACCAGCAUGGUCAUCACAGCCAAUCAGACGCAAGGACGAUGCCCUGAGACUGAUAAUAUGUUUAAUUGCACUACUGAUGAUGACUGCAUAGCACAUCUGGGCUCAAAUUUAGGAAAUGGUAUUAUAACGGGCACAUGCUUGAACAAUGAUAAUGGCACAACAGGAUGGUGUGAAAUUGAAGGCUGGUGCCCUGCAGAGAAUGACAACGUUUCAGAAAACCCAAUGAAAGAGGUGGAGAACUUCACCAUCUUCAUCAAGAACAGCAUUCGCUUCCCUCAGUUUAACGUCAAAAGAGGCAAUUUCCCUUCAAGCCUAAACCACUCUGACAUUAAGACCUGUUAUUACGACCCGGUGGACAAUCCGUUCUGUCCGAUCUUUAAAGUGGGAAAUAUCCUGAGAGACAUCAAUCAAAGUUUGGACAGCAUUAUUGACAAAGGAGGAGAGAUUGGUAUUAACAUCAAUUGGAAGUGUAAUCUGGAUUAUAAUGCGAUGCACUGCAAUCCCAAGUACUUCUUCACACGCUUGGAUGCUGCUUUUGAGAACAGCGCUGCCUCUAAAGGAUAUAACUUCAGGUUUGCUAAAUACUAUCAGUCUGAAGAUGGGACUGAGCAUCGAACGCUUCAUAAAGCUAAAGCAAUUCGCGUUGAAAUAAUCGUGUCUGGCAAUGCAGGGAAGUUUAGCACUGUGCCGUUUCUGAUUAAUUUGGUGGCAGCUCUCACUUCAGUGGGACUGGCUACUGUGUUCUGUGACAUCAUCCUUCUCAACUUUCAUAAAGGGGCGGAUGAGUACAAAGCAAAGAAAUUUGAAGAGGUGUCGGGUAUUGUGUCCGAGUCAGCAAACAACAGACUCUAUGAGGGAAGCCAGAUGUCAAUCAAAGCAUUGGAGAAGAGCCCAAAUGACUCCGGGACCUUUUCUAUCGGACGACAGGAGUCACACAGCCAGUCAAACCAACAUAAUAAAUAAUAUACCUACUUCUAGAUUUGUGAUUUUAUGCACUUUCUUCAGGGAACAGUAUACAAAUAGUAAUUUGUUGUAAGUCUGUGAACCUUUAGGGCUUGGUUUGUUAAAACAAAUUUAAAUAAAGGCUUUCUUCAGUCUACCACAAACACUGAGAAAACACACAUCUAUGCGUACACUACCAGUCAAAAGUCUGUACACACCUGAUCAUUAUUAUUAUUUUAGAAUUAACACAACUUUGAAAUAACACAAAUGUACGUAUGAAACAUAUUUUAAAAAAUAUUAAACAAAACAUUGUAUUUCUCUUUUCAUAUCUGAGCUUAAAAAAUAUUAAAGGAGUUUCCACGCUGGACACAUCUGCUUUACAAGAAAUUCACAAAUGAUCACAAUUUACUGUAUAUUUGUAUGCAAAAUUUAAAUUUAAGCUUCCUUAGAUAAAAGUAUGUCUGAUAGUGAAUAUAUACAAACAGUAAAUAAGCAGCAGUGCAUUAAAUUUACAAAGAACAGUAAUUUAUUCAUUAAGUAAUAGAUAAUUGUUCAGCAUAUAAAAUGAACGAAGAAAAUGAUGAUGUGAGUAUAUACACUAUUCCUUUCAGAAGCUAAAAGUAUACAUGGUUAUUUUGUGUAUUUAACGUCAAUUAUUUGUCUAAAUCAUCUUGAUUUUCAUACUGUUGACUUUAUUUACUUGAACUAUGCCCUUGAGAUUGCAAGUAUUGUUACCUUAGAAAAUAAACUGCACAACAUCCUUGCACAUUAAGUUAAAUAUUUCUAUUGUUAUUCUUAUGACAUUUUACUGUAAUGUAAUGGCAUAUCAAAUUAAUGCUGGCAUAUCACAGUCUCAUUAAAAUGAUUUUUUUCAGAACGUAAUAAUGAUAAUUGUU